AGCCAUUUUGGCUCAAGCUGUCUUCGCUCUCGCCGCCCCACAGCGACAGAGGCGGUGGUCCAGCUCGUUCCAAUGGCCGUGAGCUUGGCCAGCAGGACGCAGCGCAUCAGGGACUGGGCCAGCAGCAUGUCCAGCAGCACGGAAUUCACUCUUGCCAUCCGUGGUCUGCCGUUGGAUCUCACCAUGCUGGGCUUGAGGCACUUCAUCAGCGAGAUGGGAUUUGGCGAGGCCUACGACUACCUGUACCUGCCUCGCUGUCUGAGGACGCACCAGAGCAAAGGGUAUGCGUUUAUCAACCUUUUCAGCCGAGAGGUCGCCCAGAGGUUCAUCGCGACGAUGCUCACAGGGCGGAAGGAAGCCUGGGGUACGCUGAGGUUUUCACCCGCCGCGACGCAAGGGCUGGCGAACAACGUCGUCAUGUGGCACCGAGGGCACUCGCGCCACGUGCGGGAUCCUGAAGUGCUGCCCUUCGUCCGGCCGCUGCACCGCCUGGGCCUGACCGUCAGGCCGCUGCACGACCUGGGCCUGACCGGCUUCGACCAGCUGCUGCAGCUGAACGUGCCCGCACAUGACGAGACGCGCUCGACGUCCAUCGUGGGCGCUGAGGCGGCCCACAGAUACGUCAGGCCGCAGCAUGCUCCGCACGCCCGCAGCGCCGAGGAGGAACCCCCCGCUGAGGCGGACGACUGGCGUGCCGGCGUGCUGGCCGCUGCAGCCGGCCACUGCGGCCAGGGCCAGGGCCUCGCAUUGGCGGAAGGGCUGGCUGGUUCCCUUCGUUCAUCAGGGCAGCCAGAGGCCGCAGCCGCUGAUCACGGCCGCGGUCGCCAGCUGCAACCGCUGGCCGCGCCCGCCGCCCACGCCAAGGGUCUCCAGUCACAGCAGCCAGCCACCGUGGCCCCCUCCUGGGCUCGCACGGUCGGUCACAGCAACAGCGGCGGGUCCCAGCCCGCGCCGGGCAAUCGGGGCGGCGCCUCUGGGCCGGCGUCGGCCCCGGACAGCUCCGUCUCGCGCAGUGGCGAUCCCAGCGGGCAGUGGUCCUACCAGUGUCGACCGCCCGUUCGACGCCAUCUCGACGGGCAUGAGCAUCUCCAUAGGCCCCAGCUUGGCCGGUGCACCCCGCAAGCGCUCAUGAGGACGCCAGUAUCCAUGACCUCACUCAACUAUCCGUCUUUCGUAGCUGCUGGCGGUGGUCCGCCGUGUGCCACUUUGCAGGUCAUCUCGUUGUGACCAUCGUCGAAGGUCAAGCUGCUAUGAUUCACAGCGUGCUUCCAGCAAGCUAGUUCAAUAUCUUUUUCAAGGUGACCAAGUGGCAACCUCUCUCUGGCCUGGAAGCUCAACUCCGCCUUCCUCGCUCGAGGACUGCAAGGCGCAGCGAGUCGUCGCCUCUUUUGUAUCCGACGCUCUCAUCCCGCGCACAGCGCCCGCUUCCUCUGCCCCUCUGCUUCUCCCUCCGGUCUCACACUUCCUUGGCGGCGCGCUCCGUGAGUUAACCGCGGGAAAAUCAGGCUACAAGGGCUCCCUCGAGGGCGCGAAGUUAUUCGCGCUUCGCGGUCCUCGUUCCUUCUCCCCCUCCUCCUCGUCCUCCUAUUCUCCCUUUGGGGGGGCGGCGCGAGAGCGCGAAGUUAUUCGCGCUUCGCGCUUCGCGCAGCGCGAAGCGCGAAGUUGGGAGCCC